AUGAAUGCUGAUUUUCUUUCUUGUCUGAAGUCUUCUGAAAUCCACUCACGUAGCACCACGUGCUCCCCCAUUCAGAUCGUCUCUGGAGACAGUUGCGGUAGCUUGGCUGCUAGAUGCGGUAUAACGGCAAGCCAAUUUACUUCCUUCAACCCCCAAGCCUCUCUCUGCUCGAGCCUAGUUCCAGGCAACUCGGUCUGUUGCUCCGCUGAACGUACUUCUGUCUCAUCUGUUCAGUCAAGCAAUGGCAAUGUCUGUAACACAUACACUAUCAAAGCUGGCGAUUACUGUGAUCAAAUUGCGCCAAAGUAUGGUAUUCGUGUCGCAGAGCUUGAGAGCUACAAUUCGCAGACUUGGGGGUGGUCUGGGUGCAACGCAUUGCAGCCGGGAAGGCUCUUAUGUGUUAGCUCAGGUGAGCCUCCCAUGCCAGCUGCCAUUGCAAGUGCCGUGUGUGGACCUCAAGUGCCCGGAACACUGCGUCCUGGCAACUGGGUCGAUCUCAAGUCCCUCAAUCCAUGCCCGCUGAAUGAAUGUUGUUCCCCGUAUGGUCAAUGUGGCAAUACUGCAGAAUUCUGCACGUCAUCUCUAUCCUCGACUGCAGCUGAAGUCACUGGAAAACCUAUAACCUCGACCCAAGUCAUCACAAAAACCACCCAACCUACAACAAAGCAUUCAUCUGUUUCGACUCACACAACGAGUUCAAAAAAGUCGGCUUCAAUUAGUCUCUCCACAUCCACAAGCAAGCAUUCCACGACGAGCACCAGCCACUCAACCACCACACAUUCAACUAGUACCACCCAUUCAAAAAAGACGAGCCAGUCCACGAACCAUUCCACGACGAAGAUAACCAGCGCCGCCAUCAGUCCCACUUCAGAUCCUUGGAUAAUCCGGAUCUACAGCAAAGAGGAUUGCAAAGGGGCAUACUACGUCGUACAGGGUCAUAAUGAACAUAUGACCAACGAGUGUCUAAAUCUGUACGGCGGGAUGAGCGGUCUAUUCUCCGGUGAUAGCCCUACGUGCCGAUGGUUCCCAGAUGACAAUAAAUCGGGUUGGAAGUCAUGCGACGAGAGCUCACUGAAAUCGCCGCAAUCGUGGUAUGUAGAGAGUGGUACCUGCACGGUGUUUGACAAUGAUAAAUGCAAGUCAGAUGGCUAUGGUCAAGUCUAUUCUUCUUGGGACAAGAAAGGCUGUGAGAAUAUGAAGGAUUCAAAGUGGAACCCUAAGACAUGGGCUGCGUUAGAAUGCUCGAUUCAGAGCUGA